UCACAACAGAAUUUAGUUGACUCACUUUUUCAAUUUUAUGGUCCACCACAGCUUUCAAUGUUCAAACCAGAUUUAUUCUAUGAAUCGAAAAUGCUUCCUUUUCCAUAGCUCUCGUUUUCCUUGUGUUGCUUCGAAGCUGUAAACCCAGCUUCCAUGGCGGAGGAUACUGGCGUCGGAACACUGCAUCAAACCGCUCAAGCAGAUGAUCAGAGAUGUGAACGAGGAGAAGCCACCUUAAUGCCACCCAGACGCCCAAAUCUGUCAUCUCUGGAAAUACCUGAAAGGCCUUUGGAGGCUGCAUUGUCUGAAAUAACAAGGAUAGACAUCCCCAGUCCCAGUUCUACCAGAGCAGGAUUGCCUCCGAGACCCAGUUCAGCAAAACUUAAAUCAUCUGUUAAGAACAUGCUUUCUCAGAAGAGCUUCAGGGAUGUUCCCCUUUUGGACAAGCCUUCAACUUCAAGAUCAUUUUCCUUAAACAAAUUGUUUUCCCCAUCAACAAAAUCAGUACAUUCUUUACCUGUGACACCAAUGGCAGUGGCCGAUCCUAAGCCCUCACUUGAAAAUCAUGCGGAUCUUCUAUCUAAAACGCUUCAACCUGAAGCUAAGAAACUCAUGACACGCUCCUUUUCAGUUCCAGUUAAUAUUAAAACCAGAAGCUUGAGGCGAACAGAAUCCCAUGGGGGUCUGAUACGUGUGAUAUCAAAGCACCAUCUCCCUACAACAGUGGAAAACGCCUCCCCAGAUAUAUCUCCCGAAAUAGAAGCUGUAUUUACAGCCAUAGAUGAUGCCGGGGAAGACAUUCCGGAAGAAGAGGCUGUUUGUAGAAUUUGUUUAAUAGAGCUUGGAGAAGGGGGUGAAACACUGAAGAUGGAGUGCAGCUGCAAAGGAGAGCUUGCGCUUGCUCACCAAGAAUGUGCUGUGAAAUGGUUUAGCAUCAAAGGUAAUAAGACCUGUGAUGUUUGUAAGCAGGAUGUCCGUAACCUUCCAGUAACAUUAUUAAAGUUACAAAAUCCUCCUAAUGUUGUACGACGACCACCUGCUGCGCCACAACAAAGGGAAGCAACUCGUUACAGGGUCUGGCAGGAUGUGCCUGUUCUCGUCAUGGUCAGCAUGCUAGCAUAUUUCUGCUUUCUGGAGCAGCUUCUGGUAGCUGACAUGGGACCUCGAGCACUCGCCAUUUCUUUGCCUUUCUCUUGUGUUUUAGGUCUCCUUUCGUCAAUGAUAGCAUCCACAAUGGUGAGCAAGAGUUACAUAUGGGCUUACGCUUCUUUCCAGUUUGCAAUAGUGAUCCUAUUUGUUCAUAUUUUUUAUGCCGUGCUUAAUAUCAAUCCUAUUCUUUCUGUGUUGCUCUCCUCUGUCACCGGGUUUGGGAUUGCGAUCAGCACCUAUUCACUUCUUGUGGAAUACUUAAGAUGGAGAGCGAGCCGUCAUCCCCAGGCCUUACCACAACAUAUAAGCACUGGUGCACAGUUUCAUCAACAUGAACAAAGACACCACCAGAGCAGGCAGCAUCAUCGGCCCCAGCAUACUGAUCAUGGUAAUCGAGCACUGCAAACUCCGGUAACACUCUCAACACCCACGGGGUCAUCACAGUAACUAAGGGUUGAGAGGCUCGGGUGGGCAGCUAUUGUAAUUUAGUAGUGUUGGCCGUUGAUGUUAGUUAGAAUAGCUAUUUUAUAUAGCUUGCAAUCAGGAUAUUGUAAUUCCUGUAACAGCUAAAUAUAAAUUUUAAUGAUGGACAAGGUUUAUUA